AUGAAGGUUCCCUCGCUCACCCUGGCGGCCGCCGCCCUGGCCACCUUGGCCGCCGCCUCUCCCUUGACCACCUCUAAUGCCGCACCCUUUGCGAAGCUUCACGCCAGGCAGAACGAGACGGGAACCCCAUGCUCGGUGCUCAGCUCCGUCGUCAACAAUGCCAAGUCUACUGCUACUCCCACCGUCCCGGCCGCUCUCGCCUACGACUGCCUCAUAAGCGCCCCGCUCAACAAGACGGCCGCCAUUGAGCUCAUCGACUCCAUGAAGCCCUACCUCACCUGGCAGAGCACCCAGUCCUACCUCAAGAACCCGCCCGCCGAGUACGCUGAGAAGGUCCAGCCUGCCGUCGACCUCUUCAAGGGCCUUGACGAUCUGGCUGCCAAGGUCAAUGCUGACGACUUCUUCGGCGAGUAUGAGUUCGGCUGGGCUCUCUACACUCACAUCCUCUCUGCUCACGACGGUCAUCUGGUUUACGUUCCUGACUCGGUUGGCGCCAUCGUCACUUGGGGAAGGCCCAUUUCUCUCGUUUCCAUCUCCGAGGACGGCAAGAAGCUUCCUGUUCCUUUCGUCUACCAAGACAUCCUGGCUGCUUCAUUCCCCAACUCCACCUACACGCCCUCGGCCGUGCUGAAGAUCAACGAUGAAGAUGCCGCCACCUACCUCGAGAAGAUCAGCCAGUACGGCUCGCUUCAGGACCGUGAUGCUCUGUACAACAACGUCAUGUACAGCUUGCCCCAGAUCCAGCUUGGCUCCACUGGCGCCAGCACUGGCAUGUUCUCUGGAGGUGGUCGUGGUCGCUGGGUCUACCCUGGUCCCGAGACCAAGAUCGAGUACGCCAACGGCACCACCAAGACUUACGAGAACUUUGCCCGUGUCCUGGUCUCGUUCCGCGGUGUUGAGAACGGCACUGCUCUAAGCGAUCGCUACUUCCUCUACGCCUCCGGAGCCACUGACCACGCCAUGGCCAUGGCCGCUGACGCCAAGGACAAGUCCCGUAUCCAGGCUGCCAACAUGAACGUCGAUGGCCCCACGGAUGAUACUCCCGUCAAUCAGAAUGUGCACAUCGCCGCUGCUGAUGAUGCUGCCGCCACGACCACCGCUCGCGCUCGUGCCACGCCCGCUCCUGGCUAUCCCACUCCCGUUGCCUACCAGAGAAACAACCUCAUCGCCGGCUACUACCUCGAGGGCGAAGGCUACGACGAUAUUGCUGUCUUGUCCGUUCCUUCUUUCGUCAGCUCCAGCUAUGCCGAGCUCGAAUUCCAGCGCAUCGGCACUCAAUUCAUCCUAGGUGCCAAGGCUGAUGGCAAGAAGAAGCUCAUCAUUGAUCUCAGCGCAAAUGGAGGCGGCACCAUUCUCCAGGGCUAUGACAUGUUCAAGCAGCUCUUCCCUUCCCUCUUGCCGUACGGUGGCACCCGUUUCAGGGCCCACGAGACUCUCGACCUGCUCGGCCAGAAGUUCUCGUACCUCUCCGAAGGCUUUCCCCGUGAUCCCGAAAUCGUGCAGGAGAACUACACGAUGGCCGACAUUGUCUCCAGCGUCUUCAACUACCGCACGGACACCGAUGUUGACUACAAGCCCUUCACCUCUUGGGCGCAAAAGUACGGUCCUCAUGCGAACGAAUAUGACAACUUCACCUCCAUCAUCCGCUGGAACAUGUCCGAUCCGCUCAACGUUUUGAACAGCGGCGGUAUCGAGAUCAGCGGAUAUGGAAACCGCAGCAACUUCACGGACCAGCCUUUUGAGUCUACCAACAUCGUCCUCCUUUACGACGGCUACUGCGCAUCAACUUGUGCCAUUUUCUCGGAACUGAUGCGCCAGCAAGGCAACGUGUCAUCCAUCGUCCUCGGUGGACGUCCUCAGUACGCUGAACAACAGUCCGUCGGUGGUGUCAAGGGCUUCAACAACUUCAACUGGGCCGCUAUCCAACAGUGGGUCUAUGAGGCCUAUGAGUACGCCAACCCCGAUGAGCAGGCCAAGUACAACGCCUCUUACCAGGCCAACUACGCCAGCUACGUCCCCUUCAACCGUGCCGCCACUGACCCCAACGUCAAUGUUCGUGAUGGCCUUCGUGAGGGCGAUGCCGCUGGCACUCCGCUCCAGUUCACCUAUGAGCCGGCCGACUGCCGCAUCUUCUACACCGCUGAGAUGACGCUCGACAUGACGGCCGUCUGGAAGGCUGCCGCUGACAGCAAGUGGAGCGACAACAAGCACUGCGUUGCUAGUAGUGCGGGCUACAAGAGGAGCGAUCAGCUUAGCAGGAGGGCCCAGGUGCCGCGCAUGGCCAAGCGUGACACCUCUUUCGAGGAGAGCCUGAAGCUCUUCACCGACGUGACUGCUAUCCGCUUCGACGGCGAUGCUUUCAUGGCACCCUGA